AUUUCAGGUUGUAUGGCUGAGCGUCUAAAGCACAAAAUUUUAGAAAAAGAAAAAAUGGUAGACAUAGUUUGUGGCCCCGAUGCCUACAGAGACUUACCUCGAUUGCUGACUGAGGUUUACACUUCAGAUGCAGCUGCAGGUAUAUUUCUUAUAACUAUUUUUAGCAUGAAACCAGGAAACAGGUUAUUCAUUCAGUUUGAUUAGGAAACUCAGAUUACCUAUAAUUUCUGAUUUCCUUAUAAACUGUUAAGACCUUUCAUCUUUAAGGAUAUGGAAUAAAUAAACAUCUUUUUACUAAAAAAUCUCAAAACUUAAAAACUUAUUUUCUCAAAACAAAUUGGCUGUCUCUUUAUGGGUCCCAUAAAAUUUUAAACUAAUAAAUUAAUAACAAAUUUGAAAUUGUUACAAAAUUAGCCAAACUUUCUCAUGAGUUUUGCUCUUUACUUUUAAAAUGUGUAUUGAGUACCUUAUUUCAAUUUAUUUAUAUUUUUUCUCCAAGUGAAUGUUCAACUAUCUUUGGAAGAGACGUACGCAGAUGUUGUGCCAGUGCGUCUUAACUCAGACAGUCCUUCAGCUUUUGUGUAAGUGAUGGGCAUGAAAAAUAUUUGAUUUUAGUUUCUAAAAUGAUAAACUAUUGCUAAAAUCUAAAGGAAUCCUAUCUUUGUGCUUAAAUUUUGCUUGAUAUAAUUUAAAAAAUUUACCUGCAUUAUUAGCAGUUUCAUUUUUUGUACUAAAUCAGAUCAAUAAUGCGAGGCUGUGACAACAUGUGCACUUACUGCAUCGUACCUUUCACUCGUGGACGUGAAAGGAGUCGACCGAUUUCUUCAAUUGUAGAAGAGAUUAACAUCUUAUCUGAACAGGUCAUAAAGUGCUUAAAUAUAUUGUUUUCCCAUGACAUAUUUUUAUAGAUUUUCAAAAAAUAAUUAAAACAAAGAUCAGUUUAAGUUCAAAGACUUAAAUUGUUUCAUUUCUUUUUUAUAAACUGAUGAAAAGAUUGAAAAAAAAACAAAUUAGGUCAUGUCUUCAUCUCAUAUAUUUUUGUUUUGUGCAGGGGGUCAAAAAUGUAACUCUUUUAGGACAAAAUGUGAACAGUUACAGAGAUUUGUCAAUGGAAGCUGGUGAUCAAAACAGUGAGUCUACUCAACUUAGUACAGGUAAGAACCUACAUUAUAUUUGAUUCGUAGCUAUCUUUUGGCUAGGUAAUACUUGUCAGUGCCUGGUCAUGGACCGCAUCAAAUAACAACAAAACUAUGUAUAACAUGUUGAUUCGUUUUAUAAUGACCUUACUCUUUAGCAAUUAUUUUUUUUUUGCAAUAAAAGCUUUGUUUACUGUAAAAACGUAUUAAUAAUUGAUUAUAUAAAUAUAUUCAAAAAUUAUCUUCAGUUACACACAAUUUUAAUCCUCAAAUCACCAAAUUUCAAUAUAAUGUAAUUGUUUUCAUUGCUUGUUCAUUAGUCUCGUAAACUUAAUAGUCUGCUUAGUUAAAUUUUACACAGACAUAAAGCUGCAAGCAAUAAACAUGAAUGCAAUUAAAUGAAGAAAGUCGAUGAAAACAAGACAUAACUUUAAAAGCUGAAAGUAUUCUUUAUUAUGUUGGAACAAGGGGCAUUAAAAAUAUUCUUUCUUAUCAUAUCCAUACUCAGUCAUUGAAAUUUGAGUCACUGAGUUUUUUAGAUGAUGUGCUAGAUAUGGACUGUAAAAUUGUAUUUCAGGCAUUUAUCAACUUGAUUUGUAUUGACUUCCAGGAUUUAGCACUGUUUAUAAACCCAAGACUGGAGGGCUCAGAUUUGCAGCAUUGCUGAAAGCUGUAGCAGAAGUCAACCCAGAAAUGAGGAUCAGAUUCACUUCACCCCAUCCAAAAGAUUUUCCUGAUGAGGUAAUCAUAAACAGAGAAAUAAACUUACAACAGGAACCGUCAUUACAACAGGAACAUUAAUUUACAACAGGAACCGUCAAUACAACAGGAACAUUAAUUUACAACAGGAACCGUCAAUACAACAGGAACCUUAAUUUACAACAGGAACCGUCAAUACAACAGGAACAUUAAUUUACAACAGGAACCGUCAAUACAACAGGAACAUUAAUUUACAACAGGAACCGUCAAUACAACAGGAACCUUCAUUUACAACAGGAACCGUCAAUACAACAGGAACAUUAAUUUACAACAGGAACCGUCAAUACAACAGGAACAUUAAUUUACAACAGGAACCGUCAAUACAACAGGAACCUUCAUUUACAACAGGAACCGUCAAUACAACAGGAACAUUAAUUUACAACAGGAACCGUCAAUACAACAGGAACAUUAAUUUACAACAGGAACCGUCAAUACAACAGGAACCUUCAUUUACAACAGGAACCGUCAAUACAACAGGAACAUUAAUUUACAACAGGAACCGUCAAUACAACAGGAACAUUAAUUUACAACAGGAACCGUCAAUACAACAGGAACCUUCAUUUACAACAGGAACCGUCAAUACAACAGGAACAUUAAUUUACAACAGGAACCGUCAAUACAACAGGAACAUUAAUUUACAACAGGAACCGUCAAUACAACAGGAACCUUCAUUUACAACAGGAACCGUCAAUACAACAGGAACAUUAAUUUACAACAGGAACCGUCAAUACAACAGGAACAUUAAUUUACAACAGGAACCGUCAAUACAACAGGAACCUUCAUUUACAACAGGAACCGUCAAUACAACAGGAACAUUAAUUUACAACAGGAACCGUCAAUACAACAGGAACCUUCAUUUCAACAGGAACCGUCAUUACAACAGGAACUGUCAUUACAACAGGAACCUUCAUUUCAACAGGAACCAUAAUUACAACAGGAAGCGUCAUUACAAGAGGAACCUUCAUUUCAACAGGAACCUUCAUUACAACAGGAACUGUCAUUACAACAGGAACCGUCAAUACAACAGGAACCGUCAUUACAACAGAAACAUUCAUUACAACAGGAACCGUCAUUAAAACAGGAACCUUCAUUACAACAGGAACCCUCAUUACAAUAGGAACAUUCAUUAAGCUGUCAAAGAUUUAUUUUGAACUAUAAUUUAAGAAAAACACAUUUUUAUUAUCAGGAGUCUGUUAGUAGUUGCAUAGAAGGAGUUUAAAAUUAUCAAAAAGUCAUUGACAUAGUUUUAGCCAUCAAAGUUAUUUUUAAGGCUUAGUUUGAGUAAUUGAGAUACAAUUCUACUAUACUAUAUAGAAUUAAAUUUAACUUCAGUCAUUUUAUAAUCAUGUGUCAGGUGCUGCAGACUAUGCUGAACUACCCCAACAUCUGCAAACAAAUUCAUCUUCCUGCUCAAAGUGGCAACUCCGAUGUUCUGGCUUCCAUGGGGAGGGGAUACACCAGAGAGGCAUAUCUGCUGUUGGUCCAACACAUCAGAAGUAUUUUGCCAGGUAAAUCUCUGGCUUCUCCUGUCAACUAACUUGCCAAACUUUUUUUUUUCUAAUGUGUUAGAAGCGUUAUCAAGUAAUAAUUGAAAUGUGUGUUUUUAUCUAAUGCUGUGAUUAUUCUCUUUGUGCUGUUCCAAGGUGUCAGCUUGUCCAGUGACUUCAUUGCUGGCUUCUGUGGUGAGACAGAGGAGGCUCACCAGGACACAUUGUCACUUAUCGACAUUGUCAAAUAUAAUUAUGCUUUCUGUUUUCCAUACAGCAUGAGACAGGUGAACAGUCUUGUUUUGUUUCUUCAGUGUUUAACAUUUUAGCUUAAACCUUAUUUCCUAAGAGUUACAGCAUUUUAAAUUGUACCUUAUGUUUGCAUCAGAAUUUCCCAGUUAGGCCUGGUGUCAGAAUGUCCCAGUUACUCCUGGUGUCAGAAUGUCCCAGUUAGGUCUGGUAUCAGAAUGUACCAGUUAGGCCUGGUGUCAGAAUGCUAUAUUUGCUUUGGUUAGGUUCAUAGUGAAUCUAUGUAACCCACAGACAGGAUAGCAAUUUUACUCAAGUUUUCAUUCUCAAGCAUAGCUGCCUUGCCUAUUGCAAAUUUUAACCCAAAUAAAAUGUUGUAGUUGUAUGUCCAUCAUGCAAAAUUUUUCACUUAAAAACAGACAUAAUGCUUUAAAAUUACUUAAAGCAUUAGGAGAAAUUAUUUUUAACAAAAUUAGUUUUUUGAGAUAACAUAAAAAAAUUGAGUAAUUUACAAUUUUUAAGAAUGUCUGAAAUUUCUUGCCACCUGAAUAAAAAUAUUGACCAAUUUAAAAACUAAAACAGAAAUUUCCAUGACCAUUUUAGAAAACAAAAGCCUAUCAUCGUUUACAAGAUAAUGUUCCAAAAGAUGUGAAAAGUAGAAGACACCUUGAACUGUUUGACAGAUACCGUGUGCAUGCUGACAUCCGCCACAAGAGUCUGAUUGGUGAAAAACAGUUGGUCUUAGUGGAAGGGGUAAGUGUCUCAUUGGUAAAAAACAGUUGGUCUUAUUUGAGGGGGUAAGUGUCUGAAUGGUCAGAAACAGUUGGUCUUAUUUGAGGGGGUAAGUGUCGGAUUGGUAAAAAACAAUUGGUUUUAUUUGAGGGGGUAAGUGUAAGAUUGGUCAGAAACAGUUGGUCUUUUUUGAGGGGGUAAGUUUCUGAUUGGUCAGAAACAGUUGGUCUUAUUUGAAGGGGUAAAUGUCAGAUUGGUCAGAAACAGUUGGUUUUAUUUGAGGGGGUAAGUUUCUGAUUGGUCAGAAACAGUUGGUUUCAUUUGAUAGGGUAAUUUUCUGAUUGGUCAGAAACAGUUGGUUUUAUUUGAGGGGGUAAGUGUCGGAUUUAAUUUGCUAUUGAUUAUUUAACUAACAGGAGGAGCAGAGCCUCCAGAAUAAAAAAUAGAUAGAAACUCGAAGUAGAGAGCUAGCAAUUUUAGUUUUAAUUAUAUUUUUUUCAAUUUUGCAUUUUUAUGUUUCUUCCUCCAGGAAAGCAGGAAAUCAUCCCUAGAUUUAUCAGGACUUAAUGAUGCCAACACAAGAGUUGUGUUUCCUAGCAUCCCUCUCGGCUCAGAAAACCUGCACCCCCAGCCAGGAGAUUAUGUAGUAGUAGAGGUAAAAUUUCUUUGGUUAAUAAUUAUUAAGAUUUGUUGUAGAGAAUCUUUUCAUUUUUUUUUCUCUUUUCUUUGUUUCUUAAUUAUAAUUUAACUUUUAUUAUUUUAAUGUUUCCAGUUGUGUGUGAGUGGAUUAGAGAUUGUGUGCAAGGGUUUAAGGAUGACAAUGAGUUUAUUUGUUUUCAUUUUAUAUAAACUAAAUAGCUUCACAUGAACCUAGCAGAUAUAAAAGAUAUUUCAAAAAGGGAGAUUCCAUCAACUAAGGUUUCAUCUUGGUGUAAAUUUUAAAAUAUUUUCUUUUCUACAGAUCACAUCCGGGUCGUCAUUAACCUUACAAGGGAAGGCAC